CCGGAAUUCCUUCGUUUCUCGUUAAGAUGGGCCAAAUCCAAAUUCUCCUCCUUCUCCUUUUCUCCUCAUCCGAAUAUUCCUUCCACUCUUCCAUCUCCAUGCUAUAACGGGCUCCGGAUUUCACAAUUCGGAGAGGAAUCGACAGAUCGGGGAUUUGAAUGGCGUCGGUGUUUCUGUACCACGUGGUGGGGGAUCUGACGGUGGGGAAGCCGGAGCUGGUGGAGUUCACGGAGACGGAGACGGUGGAAUCGGCGAUUAAGGCCAUAGCGGAGUCAACUGAGUGCGGGAUACCGGUUUGGAAGAAGAGGUGUCAGCCGCACGGCACGGCGGAGAGGGCGGAGAUGCGGCAGCAGAGGUUUGUGGGGAUACUUAACUCGCUCGACAUUGUUGCCUUUUUGUCCAGAAAGGAGUGUUUGGCGGAUCAGGAGAAGGCCAUGAAGACUCCUGUUUCUGAGGUGGUUGUGCCAAACAGUUCCUUGCUGAAAGAGCUUGAUCCUGCUACCAGUAAUUGAUAUCCAACUAAAGAUUGAUAGAUGCACUGGAGAUGAUGAAGCAUGGCGUGAAACGGCUUCUGGUUCCCAAAAUUCUUGUGUGGAGAGGAAUGAGCAAGCGUUUCUCUAUUCUAUACAACGGCAGGUGGCUCAAGACCAUUAAAACUCCUGCAACUAAUGCCAACCAACCAUCAUCAUGUGCUGCUUCCAUACGUGACAAGUUCUGUUGCCUGUCAAGAGAAGAUGUCAUCCGUUUUGUCAUCGGUUGCCUCGGUGCAUUGGCUCCUCUACCUCUUUCCUCCAUUUCCUUCCUCGGAGCCAUCAAUCCAAACUACUGCUCUGUUGAGUCAUCCCGACCUGCAAUAGAGGCGUCCCAAACAACCCCUCAUGAUCCCGGUGCAAUUGCGGUUGUGGAGGCCACUUUAGAAGGACACAGUAAGAUCAUCGGUGAGAUCUCCGCGACUAAACUGUGGAAAUGUGAUUACUUAGCUGCGGCGUGGGCACUGGCUAAUCUCUCUGCAGGGCAGUUUGUUAUGGGGGAGGAAAAUGUUUCAUCUUCAAGAUCAUUGCCUGAUUUUGCUGCUGUCAGGCGAGGAGAACAGGUUCUUAAACCCCCUAUAUUAGCUUCUGUUCAAGGGUCAACAAGCAGGGUGAGGAAAUUCAGCAGCAGGAGUAUUGGGUUCUUUAGCAAUAAUAUUGCAACCAACACGAGCUUAGGCGCGAGAAGCAUGUAUAGGGGAAGGAGUGCACCAUUGACGUGUAGGAUUACGAGUUCGCUGGCUGCGGUCAUGGCUCAGAUGCUGUCGCAUCGUGCUACUCAUGUGUGGGUUACCGAAGCUGAAAAUGAAGAGAAAUUGGUUGGGGUGAUUGGGUAUGCGGAUGUCUUAGCUGCUGUCACCAAAGCUCCACAUUCCCUCUUAAUUCCAGAUACCACACAUUCAUCUUAAAUACAAUAGUAUAAGAUUUGGUUUCUGAGCUCUACCAUACCUUAAGGAAGGUUAUAAUGAAGAAAGAAUUGCCUUAUGUUCUGUUAUGUCUGUUUGGUUGGCUUCUUUUUUCCUUUUGAUGGACUGGCGGAUUCAUUGUGCAGAUGAUGUGUAUACUUUGUAGUACUGUUUAAAAUUACCUUACGGUACAAUCAUUGAGCACACUAUUUGUAAGAUUAACAAUGAACAUACAAUUACAUUAGAUUAUUUGAGGUAAUACGCACAGUAGGAUUUUCUUCUCGUAUGAACCGUGAAACAUCGAUAAUGUAAGACUACUUUCAAAGGUUUGUUUGUUCAGUGAUAACACAGGGAAUGCAAACAAAUUAGCUUUACUUUGCU